GGCAUCGGCGUUGCCCAGUUGCCGCUCAGUCUUCCACGCGAACAGUCGACUGUAUUUGACCGCGCUUCCAUUUCCCUGACAGAUUUAAGGUUUCUCUCCCCCCGAAAGAUCCCGGCCAGAUAUGCAAAUACAUUGUAGGCGGCGGACCCUCAGAUAAGAUAAGCCUGCUCUACGGGAGCGAUAAUAGUCAGAACUCGGAAUUAAAAAGGUGACUGAACCCAGGCAGCUCUGUGAUUGAAAUGCAGGAAUCCGGCAGUUCCUCGGGUCAGGCUGGUGGUCCUUCUUUGUGCCUCGAGUGGAAGCAGCUCAACUACUAUGUGCCCGCCCAGGAGCAGAGCAACUAUAGCUUCUGGAACGAGUGCCGCAAGAAGCGCGAGUUGUGCAUCCUCCAAGACGCCAGCGGGCACAUGAAGACCGGCGACCUCAUCGCCAUCUUGGGCGGAUCCGGUGCCGGUAAGACCACGUUGCUGGCGGCGAUUUCGCAACGGCUGCGCGGUAACCUGACCGGGGAUGUGGUUUUGAACGGCAUGGCCAUGGAACGGGAUCAGAUGACGCGCAUCUCCAGCUUUCUGCCUCAGUUCGAGAUCAAUGUGAAGACGUUUACGGCCUACGAGCAUCUCUACUUUAUGUCCCAUUUCAAGAUGCACCGUCGCACCACCAAAUCAGAGAAACGACAAAGGGUGGCGGAUCUCCUUUUGGCAGUGGGUUUACGAGAUUCCGCCCACACCCGCAUUCAGCAGUUGUCGGGCGGAGAGAGAAAGCGACUCAGUUUGGCCGAGGAGCUGAUCACCGAUCCCAUAUUCCUGUUCUGCGAUGAACCCACCACUGGAUUGGACAGCUUCAGUGCCUACUCGGUGAUCAAAACCCUGAGGCACUUGUGCACGAGGCGGCGGAUUGCCAAGCACUCCCUGAAUCAGGUCUACGGCGAAGACUCCUUCGAGACGCCGAGUGGCGAGAGCAGUGCCAGUGGCAGUGGCAGUAAAUCCAUCGAAAUGGAGGUGGUGGCAGAAUCCCACGAGAGUCUUCUAAAUGCAAUGCGGGAUCUGCCGGCGCUGGGAGUCCUGAGCAACAGUCCGAAUGGAAGCCACAAGAAGGCGGCAAUCUGCUCCAUCCACCAGCCCACUUCGGAUAUCUUUGAGCUCUUCACCCACAUUAUCCUGAUGGAUGGAGGUAGGAUAGUCUACCAGGGACGCACCGAACAGGCAGCCAAGUUCUUUACAGACCUGGGAUACGAACUCCCCCUGAAUUGCAAUCCCGCUGAUUUCUACCUGAAAACCCUGGCCGAUAAGGAUGAUAAGGAGAAUGCUGGGGCUGUUCUCCGGGCGAAGUAUGAACACGAGACGGAUGGACUCUAUAGCGGAAGCUGGCUACUAGCCCGAAAUUACAGCGGGGAUUACCUAAAACAUGUGCAGAAUUUUAAGAAAAUACGCUGGGUAUAUCAGGUUUACCUGCUAAUGGUGCGCUUCAUGACCGAGGAUUUGAGGAAUAUCAAGAGUGGCCUCAUAGGCUUUGGAUUUUUUAUGAUCACUGCCGUCACACUAUCCCUCAUGUACUCCGGAAUUGGUGGUCUAACUCAGAGGACAGUACAGGAUGUGGGCGGUUCCAUAUUUAUGCUAAGCAAUGAGAUGAUCUUCACGUUCAGUUAUGGAGUGACGUAUAUUUUCCCCGCUGCUCUGCCCAUUAUAAGAAGAGAAGUUGGCGAGGGCACCUACAGUUUGUCCGCUUACUACGUGGCUUUGGUGCUCUCCUUCGUUCCGGUGGCCUUCUUUAAAGGAUACGUCUUCCUGUCGGUGAUCUAUGCUUCCAUCUACUACACGCGUGGCUUUCUCCUCUACUUGAGUAUGGGCUUCCUGAUGAGCUUAUCCGCGGUGGCAGCCGUCGGCUAUGGGGUCUUCCUCUCCAGCCUCUUCGAGUCGGAUAAGAUGGCCUCCGAGUGCGCGGCGCCCUUCGAUCUGAUCUUCUUGAUUUUCGGAGGAACCUACAUGAAUGUGGAUACGGUGCCUGGCCUGAAGUACUUCUCCCUCUUUUUCUACUCCAACGAGGCACUGAUGUAUAAAUUCUGGAUUGACAUCGAUAAUAUCGACUGUCCCGUCAACGAGGAUCAUCCGUGCAUCAAGACCGGCCUGGAGGUCCUUCAGCAGGGUUCUUAUCGCACCGCCGACUACACCUACUGGCUGGAUUGCUUCAGUCUCAUGGUGGUGGCAGUCGUAUUCCAUAUAGUCUCCUUUGGGCUAGUGAGACGAUACAUUCACCGCAGCGGUUACUAUUGAUUCGGG